AAAAAAAAAAAAUACCACCAAACCCACACCUUAUUCAUUAAUCCCCAUCCUGUUAGGAUCCCAACACAUCUUACACUCACCGUUUCAACUAAACUCAGUCACAUAUCCAAAAAUUAAAGAUCAACACAUACAUUUCACAUGCUCAACUAACUGUUGAACAGUGGAUUUAGUGUGUGCAUUUUGUCAGAACACGACAAUAGAAUGGCAAAUAAGGUCUCAAAUUUCUCAGAUCUGAUACAAAGAGUCACAUCUUCAUGUUUGCUCCAUCCAAUCGGUUCCAACCGUCACUACGCCGCCGACGACAUCCUCUCCACCGACGACGAUUCCGAUUACGAAGAUGAUAAAGUGAAACCCCCAAAAUGCUAUGACGCUGGUGAAGUAGAGGCACCGCCUCCCACCGUAACGGAAUAUAAAACAGAGAAAAAUAUGGUGGAAAUGGUGACAUUGAUGACUGAAGUGUUUGAAACGGUGUCGUUUCUAAAGAAGGCGUACGUAACAUUACAAGAAGCACAUUGUCCAUGGGAUCAAGAUAAAAUGAGGUCGUCUGACGUGGCAGUAGUGGCGGAGCUGAGGAAGCUAGGGGUUUUAAGAGAGAGGUUUCGGAGGAGUGUGGUGAGAGUUGGUGGUGGUGGUGGUGAGAGCAGGCGAACGGUGGCCGGAGUUACUUUAAGGGAGGUGGUGGCACCGUAUGAGGCCGCAAUGGAGAAGAUGAAGAAUGAGGUGAAGAGUAAAGAGGCGGAGAUUGAGAACUUGAAAGAGAAGUUGAAUGCGGCUACGGUGGUUAGUAGCGGUGGUAGUGUUGGCCGGAAAAGUAGGUCUCAUUCUCAUCAUCAGUCAAAGAAGAAAGUCAACUAUAGUAGUCAGCUUCAAGUGUUGCCAUCGCCUAUGCCGGACCUCUUUGAACCAUGCAUAAGUUCUGUGAAAGAAGGAUCAAAAUCAUUCACAUCACUACUUCUCUCACUAAUGAAGUCAGCCCAUUGGGACAUUGCAGCAACGGUUAGAUCCAUCGAAGCCUCGACAACUAGCAACCCAACCACUGGUACACCAGCGAUAAGAGAUUCCAUCGUUGGACCUAACCAUGCUAAAUAUGCUCUCGAAUCAUAUGUGAACAGGAAGAUCUUUCAAGGAUUCGACCACGAGACAUUCUAUAUGGAUGGAAGUCUAUCAUCUCUCCUAAACCCUAAUCAGUUCCGAACUGAAUGCUUCACACAAUACCGCGACAUGAAAUCAAUGGAUCCAAUUGAGCUUCUAGGAAUCCUACCAACAUGCCAGUUUGGUAACUUCUGCUCCAAAAAAUACCUUUCCAUCGUCCACCCAAAAAUGGAGGAAUCAUUGUUUGGUGAUCUUGAACAACGAAGUCAAGUGCUAGCCGGAAACCACCCAAGGACACGUUUCUAUGGUGAGUUUUUGGUACUUGCCAAGGCGGUUUGGCUUCUUCAUUUGCUUGCAUUUUCAUUGGAUCCUCCCCCGACUCAUUUUGAAGGAAGUCGAGGGGCAGAGUUCCAUCCACAGUUUAUGGAGAGCGUGGUUAGGUUUCCGGGAGGCAAGGUGGCCCCCGGGCAUGUAGUUGGGUUUCCGGUAAGUCCAGGGUUUAAGCUUGGAAAUGGGUCAAUUGUAAAAGCUAGGGUGUAUGUUGUUCCUAAGAGUGAAUUAUAGGUAGUACAGUGUAAUUUAGUAUUCAUAAGGUUAGCUAAGUGCAAGUUGGAAGGGAAGAUAAGGAUGUUAGUUGUGUAAGUUGUCCUGAAAGGGAAAUAGAAAACAAGAAGAGCUAGGCAUGUUUUUAUUGUAUAUGUACAAAUCAUUAUUUCUCGCCCGUGCUAUAGAGACAAGAAUUCUCUUUAUAGACCUUUCUUUUAUCAGUAUUAUUCGAGUUUUAUGAGAUC